UGAUAAUAAUCUUUGAACGAUUCCUUUAAAAGUAAAAGUACUCCAGUAUAAGUAUUUAAACAAGAUGUCUUUAAGUAACGAAAGUAAGUGUUCUUAUGCACACACACAGGCCCUGUGAGGGUUUUAUUGUUGUGUUGUUUUAAUGUUAUAGGAUGGUUGUUAAUGGUGCGUUCAGGUGUAAAUAGUAUUUUGCGGCUGUGCUUUGCUGAGCUGAAGCUGAUUUUAACGACAUUUCACAUCAGAUUGUGUAAAAAUGUGUUAGAUUUUAUUAAACGGCCAUAAUCAGCUGUCAAAUUAGUGCAUUAAUUCCCUUUGAAAUUUGGUAAAAUAUGACGUAAAUUGACAUGGAAACCCUCAAGUAAAUUAAGAAUACCUCAAGAGUGAAUUUAAAUAAAAGUACUAGUGAAAUCAGUGGAGUAAACGUAUUCCUCUAAAGUCCAAUAACUGAAUGAGAAAAGUGUUUCUGAAUAAAUGUCAGUACUUUUAACAAACAUCAUUGAGCAGAACAGCUGCACCACACUGGAAAAUAACAGGUUUCUAUCAAUAAUGACAAUAAUAAUAAUAAUUGUGAUGAUAAUGAUUAAAUCGUCAGAGAUGAGUCGAGACUGACUUCACACGUGGAGCUGUCACAACAACUCGCCGAAAAAAAAAAAACACCUUCAUUUGCAAAUUAUUUAAAAAAAAAAAAAAAAACCUCCCAGACAUGAUCAAGUCACUUUUUUCUUCUCCUCUCCUCUCUUCUCUUCUUUUCUUUUCUUUUCUCUCGUCUCUCCCCUCCGUGUGAUUGAUUGGAGGAGAUCAUAGGCUGGCACCCCCAUCGCGUCUCCAGCCGCUCGCUCCGCUCCGCUCCCCGCUCAUGAUUGGUCCGCCUCCUGCAGCCGCGGCCACCAGAAGCGCCUCCUCUCAUAAACCUCGUCAGACCGCACCGACGUUUCCCAUUUACUUCCAGGAGAAGCAGCGACUCACUGUUACACGAACUUUUGGCGUGCGACCUAUGGCACACAACUAGCAGGGUGGACUACUCCCUGACGACUUUUAGUAACCGCAACGGUGUAUGGAAAGUGCUCCUGGAUGGACCUGGGCGAAAACAGCUGGUCCAUGGUCAAGCGAGAAGUAUCCAGCAGCCCAGGGUCACCGGCUGAGCAGACAUACCUGCCCGGUGACAGCAGGAGGGACGGUCCCUCCGCGGACGAGCUGAGGACUCCUCCGAGCGACCUUGACGCACUGGGGCACCGCCGCUCCGACGGCAGAUCUCUACACUCCUACGUUCACUUCGGACACCAUAACAACACCCUGACCACUGCCGAGGACAUCCCGCUGUUUACGGAUUUAGACCAGGGCAGCAAACUCGUCCUCUCCAGCGGAGCGCACAAGGCGAGCUUGCUGGUGGACCCGACCGACAUGUACCAAACACUGGCCAUCGCCGCCGCCCAGAGCCAGACUGGAUAUGAUUCCUCGUCUGGUGGUUAUAUGCACUCCAACCCCAACUCCCCCGUGUACGUGCCCAGCUCCCGGGUGGGCCCCAUGAUACCCAGCCUCUCGUAUCUGCAGGCCAGCGGCUCUGCGCAGCCGAGCCACGGCGUCUCCAGCCACUCGGUCUGGUCUCAGUCCACCCCGGAGAGCCCUUCAUACAGCACCGGGAGCCCGCACGCCUCCAGCCGGUUCCACUACCCUCCGAGCCCGCCCAUGAACAACGGGACGCCCCGGGACACCGGCUACGGCAACGCAUUGAACGUGAGCAGCAGAGACCAGUACGGCCUCUCCCGGCCCCUCGGUGGGACCUACGCCAGUCCGUACUCUCCCUAUGUGGCGCCGCAGCUGUCCCAGCUGCCCUCGCCUUGGACCGGGGGACCUUUCGAUAACACGAUGCUGCACACCUUGCAGAGCAGAGGCGCGCCCUUGAUUCGAGGACCAAACGGAGUUUCAGAUAUUCUGGACGACAUGUCGGAGAGCAGGGAGUGCGUCAACUGCGGCUCCAUCUCCACGCCGCUGUGGAGGCGCGACGGCACGGGCCACUUUCUCUGCAACGCCUGCGGCCUCUACAGCAAAAUGAAUGGGCUGAGCCGGCCAUUAAUUAAACCACAGAAACGGACGUCGACGUCCAGAAGAAUCGGCCUGUCCUGCGCCAACUGUCAAACCAGCACGACCACUUUGUGGCGCAGAAACGCGGAGGGAGAGCCGGUGUGUAACGCGUGCGGGCUCUACACAAAACUACACGGGGUACCUCGGCCGCUCGCCAUGAAGAAAGAGGGCAUCCAGACGAGAAAAAGAAAACCUAAAACAUUGAAUAAAACAAAGGGAUCCUCUGGAAACAACAACUCGGUCUCUAUGACUCCCACGUCCACAUCUUCAUCCAAUUCCGAAGACUGCUCGAAAACCAGCUCUCCCUCUGGACAGGUGUCAGGGGUCAGUUCGUCCGUGCUGUCCAGCUCAGGGGAGGGAACGGGCUCCGGCUCGGUGGUGAAGUACCCGGGACAGGACGGCCUGUACACCAGCGUGGGUCUGUCCCAGCCGUCAGACGUAGCUUCAGUGAGGGGUGAACCCUGGUGCCCCAUGGCCUUAGCCUGAACAUCUAAAUCUUUCAGGAGGACAGCAAUCCCUGGCCCCUCUUGUCUGGAUGCUAUGUAGUGUGGAAGUAUUCACGGGAGGGGGAAGGGGGGCACGGUAUUUGUUUCCUUCCUCGCAGCUGAUGCAAGAAGAAGACGAAGAAAAAAAAAAAACAGUGGGACAGGUUGGACAGAAGGGUGAGACGACCGUCAAGUCACACUGCAAGCUUGAGCCGAGCGUGGAAUAGCUGGUUGCCAGAUUGGUGUGGGGGAUCUUAAGAAAACAAAGGGAAUCUCCAGGCCAGACGAUCAAUCAGCUGGCCUGCUUUUUUUUUUUUCUUUUCUUUUCUUUUUUUUUUUUUUGGAUGCUUUUCUGGACCUGCCAUGCACUCAAAAAAAAAAAUCUCUCCCAUCCCCGCCGGCACAGAAACCAGUGAAGCCGUCUUGUACAUAACGGAUUUUCCUCUCUGUUGAUUGGAUACCACUGCUUCAUUUAAAAGCGCUGUAUUCUUUUCAAGGACAUUUUAGAUUUUUUGUUUGUUUGUUUGUUUGUUUGUUUUUGUUUUCUUUUUCCGCAACUGGAAUCAAGCCACAAGUGCCGAGACAACUUUUAUGAAUCAAAAGUAAACAAAAAAAAAAAUAUUUAUAAAUCUUCCAUUGUUGAAAACAUGGCUAUGAUUGUUAAUAAAGAUAUCAAUAUAGAGUAGAAGCUGAACCAUUCUGAUGUCUUCUUUUCUCUUUGUUUUUUUUUCCUCUCCUCCCCUCUGUUUUCUUUUUUUUUUUUUUUUUGUAGUACAGUAGUGUUGAAUCUGCACGUUUUCCACUGAGAGCUCUUAUUGUAUUCGACUGAAACUAGACUAGUUUGGUUCAAACAGGGUAUAAAAGUCAUCUAGUAUUUAAUUAUUUUAAUGUAGAAAAAAAAUGCAAGUAAUCAAACUCAUUCAGACUAUUUUUCUUUUAUACAUUAACGUCCGCUGUGUGAUGGCAUUAAGGUACUAUGCUCAACUCUUCUGACAUGUGGAGAAGUUGUUUGAACGAGAAUAGCUGUGGGCCCCGCCGACCUUUAUGUUACAGGACACAAACUGCAGACAGGAGGCUGCUGGCCUCGCUGCCUGACUCACUACAAACUGUGUACCUUUCACAAUGCAAGUAUGUACCGUCGCAUCAUUUUAGAGCAGGAUUAGAGCAAAGCAGAGAGUGAGGUCACCCCUCUGAGCAAGUUCUUGUUACUUUAGAUGACUUUAACGAAUCCCUGCGAGGGCUGACACCAAUGUAACUCAAAAAAUGAGGUGAAAGGGAAAUUAAGGAAAGUGACAAACAUUGUGGCGCGGCAAAAAUAUGAAAAUGUGAGACGGUAUGUUUGAUAUGUCACACUGCUUGUCUCCAUGUCCUUCAUCAUCGGCGUGGGCGGAGUCUCAGAAACCAACCAAAGUAAUCACAGUGAGACAAUCUGACAAGUUACAUGUGGAACUUGGCGUAAAAAAAGGGUUAUUUUUCUUAUUUUUUUUUUUCUUAUUUUUUUUUUUCUUUCACAGUUUUCAUCCAAAGAAGGUUAUGUCAUUCAUUCCUCUGGACUUAUUUAUUUUUUGGGGGAAAUAUCAUGUUUUAUUUUAGCAUCAUUCUCUCUUUUUUUUUGUCAUUGUUUUUUAUUUUUUAAGGAAUUAUUUUUAUUUAAAUUCAGUCCAAUAAACUGUUUCUGGUUAUGCAAA